UCAUGUAGGUGCAGCAGAGCCUUCCUUACCAUUGCAAUAGAGAAACCCACUUUGCAAUCUGUUUUUCAAGGUGUGCAAUUGCAGCUCUUUUCUCUGCAAGGAGCUCUGUUGUAGGGAGUAAGAAAAACUCCACUUGCAUGAAGAUUGAGCGCUUGCAGUUUGCAUCUUUGUUGCAAAACUAGCUACUGAAGAGAGAAGGCAAAGUCUUUUGUGCUCCCCUCCCCCAUCAAAGCAGAGGGGAAAAUGUCUCAGCAAAGAGGGAGGAAGAAAAAUCCAGGGUUGAAAAUUCCUAAAGAAGCAUUUGAACAGCCACAGACAAGCUCUACGCCACCUAGAGAUUUGGAUUCGAAAGCUUGCAUCAAUAUCGGUGACAAGAACUUCGAAGUAAAGGCCGAUGACCUGGAACCAAUAUCAGAACUUGGACGUGGUGCAUAUGGGGUGGUAGAAAAGAUGCGGCACGUGCCCAGUGGGCAGAUUAUGGCAGUAAAGCGAAUCCGGGCAACUGUGAACAGCCAGGAGCAGAAGAGGCUGCUGAUGGACCUAGACAUUUCCAUGAGGACAGUAGACUGUCACUUCACUGUCACAUUCUACGGUGCAUUGUUUCGAGAGGGAGAUGUGUGGAUCUGUAUGGAACUCAUGGACACAUCACUGGACAAAUUCUACAAACAAGUAUUAGACAAAGGCUUAACGAUUCCUGAAGACAUCCUAGGAAAAAUAGCUGUCUCAAUUGUAAAAGCACUAGAACAUCUACAUAGCAAGCUCUCUGUAAUUCACCGAGAUGUAAAACCAUCCAAUGUACUGAUAAAUACACUGGGACAGGUAAAAAUGUGUGACUUUGGAAUUAGUGGUUACCUCGUUGACUCCGUGGCUAAAACAAUGGAUGCUGGCUGCAAACCUUACAUGGCACCUGAAAGAAUCAACCCAGAAUUUAACCAAAAGGGAUACAGCGUCAAAUCUGAUAUUUGGAGCCUGGGAAUUACAAUGACUGAGUUGGCAAUCUUGCGGUUUCCAUAUGAUUCUUGGGGGACGCCAUUCCAGCAGCUCAAACAGGUGGUAGAGGAGCCAUCACCACAGCUCCCAGCGGACACGUUCUCAUCAGAGUUCGUUGAUUUUACCUCACAGUGCUUAAAGAAGAAUUCUGAAGAAAGGCCAACAUACCCUGAACUAAUGCAACACCCUUUCUUCACCCUAUCUUCAGUGAGUCAUGAGAUCCUCAAAGGGGUGGUGGCGGAAAUCGUCCUUAUUCCCAUGGGGAUCUGGGAUUAA